ACAUGCCUUACAACACAGAGAGUCAACAGGCUGGACGGAGGGACGGAACAUCUACGAGUGGAUAACAACAACAAACCUGUGGGCAACUCACUUUAAACAACUUUUUAUUGCACGAGAAGCUUCCUCAGAAACCUACUUUUUAUGACUGUUUACUCUCUUCUUCGCCGGCUGGGGAUGUGACUCCCAGUGAAGACUUUACGCACAGGCGGAGCUCGGUUUUCCCGGAUAGAUUAUCUCGUGUUUGCGCACAUUUGUGACUUUUCAGGUUUGUAACAUUUUCAUGACAUUGUAACUCACCGCUCCGUCACAUUCUGACCAUGGCGGAAGCGGCCCAGCAGCAGCCACACCUGGUGGACAUCGACCCAGAUUUUGAGCCCCUGUCGCGGCCCCGGUCGUGCACUUGGCCCCUGCCCCGGCCGGAGUUCAUCAACCCGGGCGACUCCAACACCUCCUCCCCGGUGCCCUCAGUCAAGCAGGAGCCCACCGGGAACGACUUCAUCAACAACCUGAGCCUGCUGGAGGAGACUGAAGACUUCACGGAGCAGAAGCCGGUCAUCCUGUGCACUGAUUUCCAGUGUCAGGAGAACUGCGUCCACCAGCAACCUCCACAGCAACAUCAGCAGCAACAUCAGCAUCAGCCGAACCCGCAACUCCCGCAUCACCACCAUCAGCCACAGCAGCAGCAGCAGCAGCAACAGCAACAACAGCAGCCCCAGCAGCAACAGCAGCAGGUGCCUCUGCUCUCCUCCCCGGUCGGCUCGUCCUCCUCGGCGGCCGCAGCAGCCGCUGCAGCUCAGAGGAAGAGCAGCUCCUCCCGGCGGAACGCAUGGGGGAAUAUGUCAUAUGCAGACCUCAUAACCAAAGCUAUCGAAAGUUCUCCUGAGAACAGACUGACUCUGUCUCAGAUCUAUGACUGGAUGGUGAAGAGUGUGCCUUAUUUCAAGGACAAGGGAGACAGCAACAGCUCUGCAGGCUGGAAGAACUCCAUCAGACACAACCUGUCGCUGCACAGCCGCUUUAUUCGUGUGCAGAACGAGGGGACCGGGAAGAGCUCGUGGUGGAUGCUAAAUCCAGAGGGCGGGAAGAGCGGCAAGUCCCCGAGACGCAGGGCAGCCUCGAUGGACAACAACAGCAAGUUUACCAAGAGCAGAGGAAGAGCUGCUAAGAAAAAGCUGUCUCUGCAGGGUGGUCCUGACGGAGGAGCAGACAGCCCCGGCUCCUUCUCCAAGUGGCCCGGCAGCCCAAACUCCCACAGCAACGACGACUUUGAUGCAUGGAACAGCUUCAGACCUCGAACCAGCUCCAACGCCAGCACUGUGAGCGACCGCCUCUCACCUUUCAUGCCUGAGGAUGACUUCGGGGAGGCAGAUGUUCACAUGGGCUACCCAGGAGCCCCUGGAGCCAAGAUGACGGCCACGCUGCCCAGCCUGACAGAGAUGACGGGCUCUUUGGUUCACAGCUCUGAGAACGUCAUGGAGAAUCUCCUGGACAACCUGAACCUGCUCUCGCCAAACAACUCACAGGUUGGAGGAGGCGGGACAACCCCGUGCUCCUCCCAGUCCUCACCCUCUCCCAUGAUGCAACCGAGCCCCGGAUAUCCAGCAUACAGCUCUCCCAGCAUGGCUCCUCAGCCUCAGCAGGAGUACCGCAAGUGUGUAUACGGCCAAGCGGGAAUGAACACGCUAUCGUCCAUGCCGCUGCAGACACUGCAGGAGAGUAAGCCCAGCUUUGGACCAGGCCUGGGCCAGUACAGCUGCCCUGCAGGGCUUCUGAAGGAGCUGUUGACCACAGACACAGACCAGCACGGAGACCUCAUGCCUUCAGUGGACUCGGUGGUGUCUCAGUCCAGUGGGGGCUGCAUGCUGCCACCAUACAGCAGCAGCCAGCAUGCAGCCAAACUAAUGGGUGGAGGGAAUGGACAGCCACAUGCUUUCUCUCACUCUCGCACCCACAGUGUACGCAGCCAGGCCCCUGCCACUCCACCUUCUAUGAAUGGCCGCCUGCUCAUGCCCCUUGGUCACAGCGGGGCCAACACACGUUUGCCAUUAGCCAAAAGCCCGAUGCAGAUGCCUUACAGCCUCUCCAGCCACCUCAGCGCGGGAGGGGGGAUGCCCGGCAGCUUCUGCCCACUCAGCACCAACGGAUACGGACGACCUGGCCUAAUGCAGCCCUCACACACCGAGAAACUGCCCAGCGACCUGGACGACAUGUCCAUUGAAAAGUUUGAGUUUGACAUGGAGACGGUCCUUCAUGACACUCUAAUGGACGGGGACUCCCUGGACUUUAACUUUGAGCCGAUGGUGACCCAACAAGGUUUCCCACACGGAGUGAAGACCACCACACACAGCUGGGUGUCAGGGUAGAAACUGUGGUGCAGAAAAAGAUCAGAUCAACUGACCUGUUGUUGCUUUUUGGUGAAAGACACAAAAACAUUCAGUCUAUUGAAGGAUGUUUAAUCCUCCUCCUAACUUUAACACCGUUUCUGCACAGUCAAUGUUCCUUUUUCAAAGAUACUUUUUUGGAUCUCUUCAGGAGACUGAAACUGGUUGUGAUCUGCUGAGAAUACAUCUCCGUUAGUGCCCCUGAACUGGUGAAGACAAAACAGUCACAUAAUCUGUACAAACUAAGUGCCAAACAUUUUGCCUUAACAGAAGAGCCCAACAGAAACACACCUCCUUUGGUUUACUCAUUAAGGUCACAGAUCACAGCAACACAAUCUGUACAAGUGCUUGAACACAAACCCUGCUGUUUACUUUUUCACAAUCAAACUUCAUGUAUGUACAGAGUAGUGAUAAGUGAGUACCACUACAGCAGAUUUAUGAAGGCAAUGUGACUGUGGGUUUGUAGACUGACAUGGUGUGGAGUAAGAGACUUCUCAAGGGAUGAUGUUACAUUUGAACUCACUUUGUUGUCAUCGCCUGAAUGUACAUAAUGUCAGCACACAGUUUGUAAAAUCAGGUCUCGUAGUGAAUUUUUUUAAAGACUGUAAAUAGUGUUUACUGAGGGGAAGCAAAAAAAAAAAUCAGAGAAAACUGGAUCAGAUUAUUUUAACACAUCUGUGCUUGAGGAUUCUCCUAAAUCAGGCUGUAAACCGUUCAUAAAGUUUCUAAAUUCUUGUACAUACGUUAAGAAUGUAUAUUAACAUGAUGUAGUAGAUGUUUACUAGCUUUAGUAUAUAUUUGAGACUAAAUUAUUUGUGGUUGAUAUAGAUUUAUGCUGGUGCGUAACCUGCACUCAGACAUCAGAACUGCUCUGAGUCGUUUGUCACUCUUAACCUUAAUACCACAGAGGCCUAUUUAUUGUGCCUAACACAGUAGAUUUAGACUGCAGCCUUGAAGAGUUUUAUAUUUAAUGUCUAUGGUCCAGAAGAUCCUCAAAUCUUAAACAGUGCAGUGAAUUAUAUAUCUUAAGUUUCCUGCUUUUACUUUUAUGUAGAAGUGAAGGAGAAACGAGUGACAGUAGAUUGCUUUUUCUUGAACGCAUCACAGCGCUCUGAAUGUGAAGAGGUGAAGGCUUGUUGGAGGUUAAAGAUGCUCUCGGUCCUCCUGUUGUUUUCACAAAGAGGCAGAGUCCACUUGUCAGAGAUUGUCACUGAAGACACUGUGAGAUACCAGCCUGUCCCCGGUUCACUUUCAGAACUUCUUUAACUCUCUUUUUUAGUCUCUGAAGUUUAAGUGUGGCUGAUAUAACUUAAGUAGCCCUGUGUUGCUUUCUGUAGAAUCAGCUUUGCUGCUUUGAACGAGACUCCACUUUCACUCUGUCCCUCCUACCUCUACCUAUCUCUGUGUCUUUUUAAACAUUUUAUAGAACUGUAACAUGUGACUCGAUGGCUCCAAUCAUCUUUUAAAUAACAAGUCUGACUUUUUUAAGAUGCUCUUGAGAAGCACCACUAAGUGUUAAGUAUCCUAUCAAGCUUGUAUAUUUGCCUUUUCUGACUGGCUUUUCUUACUUCUAGCUGUACUAAUGAGCUCGUCAGUCACAAACAGUGACACAUUGUUUCUACCUUUGUGGAGAUGAUGUCUGUAAUAAUGACUGCCUCUCAUGCGGCUAACUCAGAGGUUGAAUGACCAUGUAAUUUAGAGAUAACAAACUUAAACUGCCUAUUUGACAUUAAUUAAUGUUUAAUCUGUGAUUCAUAAAGAAACCACAUGUGUAUGACAGUGUCUGAUUAUGUGUUAGCCUUGAGUAUGCUAGUUUUUUAUCUAAGUCAUAGUUUAAGUCGGCUCAUCCUCGACAGGAGGGGAAACCUCAUGGGUUGAAAUCCAGACUUGCAUACUUGGGAGCGGUGAAAGCACAUGACCAGACACUGCUGACAUUCAGAGAGCAGUGCAGGUUUUAAAGAGUCAAAUUCAAUUGUUAACAUUUCAAAAAGGCCCUGCAGGGACGCCAAUAAAGAAGCUGCUGUUUGGCUUUGGUGCCAGGUGUUGCCUUUCUUACCCAAACAUGCCAGAGUGUACUAUAGCCAAAUCUGCCUUUUGAAGUUAAAGUGAUAUAUUUAGCAUUUUUAUCAUGUGAUAUGUUCAGAAUUAAAUAUAUAAAUAUAUAUUUGUGCCGGUCACUCAAGUCAGGAUGAACUGUAAUGAAUCCAUGUAGUCAGUGUCACAGGGUUCACUCUAAAAGUAAAGAGCUGUACUAAGUAAAUUAUAUCUCUACAUUUUUAAAUGAUUGAAUCUAUGCAUUGUAUUUCUUAGUUUUGUGUUGCUAUUGAUAUAUUUCCUUUUUCUUUGAAUUUAUGACAGAGAUAUUUUAUUGUAACAUAGCGCUGUGAGAUAUUAUGGUGAUGUUGUCGUCAAAACUCUAUGUUCCAGAUAGUUAUAUGGGAAAAAAAUGAAGUUUAUUUAGAAAAUAGAUGAUGCAGUGAUUAAUAUGCUAAGCUUUUGUAAACUGACAAUGUUGUAUUUCUUGUAUUUUAGCUACAGUUUUUAGAAAAUAGCUUCAAAAAGCAAAUUACUAGAAAAAAAGUCAAGGUAUACUGAGUUUUUAAAAUGAAAACACACUUUUUAGUCAGAGAGAGAUGUCCUGCUCAGAACGCAGAUUCUGGACCAAUUUUGUAAUUUUAUGAAUAGAGAGAUAUUGCACUUUUACUCACAUUUUAUAACAAAGUGCUCCUCAUAACAUGAGGAAGAGUUCCCAUGACAUAUUUUCAAUAAAAUCUGUUACAUCUAACUUAUAUACAGAAAUAAAUUGGGCUUGUGCUGUUUGAUUUGCAGUCAAUACGGAUAUGUAACUUGUUCAAUAUUAAUGUAUUAAGACCUGAAUAAAUGUAAUUCUGUGUUUAA